CCCGCCCGGGGCGGCCGACGGACGGGAGACCUGCCCGUCGGCUGGCGCGGCCGGGCACCGGGCCCGGUUGGGUGGCCCCCGCUUUCCCCUCCCUUCUCCGGUCCCCGCUUCUCCGUGCUCCGCCUCUGCGGGCAGUGCGCAUGCAUGAGGCGGCCACCCAGCCCCUGACUCACCCCCUCUUCUCCCAUCAGCUCCCGGAAGGUAUUCCCCGCCGUCAGCGAGGGGGUAAAGAAAAGGCACUCACCAUGAAUCGUUUGGGGAAGAAAGGGAAUGAGACCCUCAUCGAGAUGGCUCUGUCGGCGGAUGAUGACAUUACAGUUCUCACCACGGCAGCAGAGUCAGAAGGGGAAGAAUGCAAUGGACCUUUAUGUGAAACUGUUUCAACUGCAGGAUCAGAAGCCCCUAGCAGCUCAGAGAUUGAUAAAAGACAUCAAAGCAAAGAUUCUAUUUUCUUCAGAGAUGGUGUCAGGAGGAUUGAUUUUGUUCUCUCCUAUGUGGAUGAUCUUAAUAAGGAAUGGGAAAAAAAGUUGGAAAGAAGAAAAGAAUUUGAGAGCAAUCUGGAAAAGGCUGGUUUGGAACUAGAAAGAGAAGACAAGAAGGAGUCUGAAGAUGGCAAGAUUUAUUUUGUGAAGAUCCAUGCCCCGUGGGAGGUUCUGAUCACCUAUGCAGAAGUGCUGAACAUCAAAGUUCCCAUCAAAGAGAAUGACAUUCCCUCAGUGGGAAUGGAGAACCCCCUGGACUGUAUGCUCAGACCACUCAGGCUUCCUGAGAAGGUGAUGCACCCUGAACCUGACUACUUCACGGCACCGUUCAGCAAGGACAAGCAAGAGCUGUACCUCAUUAACGAUGAGAGCACUUUCUUCUCACCAUCCAUGAGAAACAGGAUAGUUAAUUAUAUUCUUACACGGUGCCCUUACGGAACAGAAGAAGGGAAGAAAAAAUUUGGCAUUAAGAGACUGAUAAAUAAUGGCACCUAUUCAGCUGCAUAUCCUCUUCAUGAUUGCCAGUACUGGAAAAAGGCAAAUGAUCCAAACUGUGACAACGAGAGGUACACACUCUACAUGGAGUGGGCCCGUUUCUUGCGGUUCUACAAAGAACAGCCUUUGGACCUCAUCAGGAAAUACUAUGGUGAGAAGAUUGGAAUCUAUUUUGCCUGGCUAGGAUUUUACACUGAGAUGUUAUUCCUUGCAGCAGUUGUUGGCUUAAUCUGUUUUCUUUAUGGCUUGUUUACAAUGGAUGAAAAUAUGAGCAGCAAAGAAAUCUGUGACCCUGCAAUUGGAGGAGAGAUCAUCAUGUGUCCUCUUUGUGACCGAGAGUGCGAGUAUUGGAGGCUAAACACCACCUGUGAGUCCUCAGAGUAUUCCCAUUUAUUUGACAACGUGGCAACUCUCUUCUUUGCCAUUUUCAUGGGGAUAUGGGUUACACUUUUCUUGGAGUUCUGGAAGAGGCGGCAAGCCAGACUGAAAUAUGAGUGGGAUUUGGUUGAUUUUGAAGAGGAACAGCAGCAACUCCAGCUGAGGCCUGAGUACGAGGCAAAAUGUACCCAAAAGAAGAAGAACCCUGUAACUCAGGAGAUGGAGCCUUAUUUGCCUGUAACUAGCCAAGCUGUGCGGUUCUGCAUCUCAGGAACUACAGUGUUGUUCUGGGUGUCCCUGAUCAUAGCGAGCAUGAUCGCCGUCAUCGUAUAUCGCCUGGCGGUGUACGCUGCCUUUGCCAGUCUGAUGGAGAACACACAGACCCUGCAGCCCAUCAGCGGGCUGCUGACCCCCCAGCUGGCAACUUCAGUCACAGCCUCCUGCCUCAACUUUGUCAUCAUCAUGAUACUGAACUUCUUGUAUGAGAAAAUUGCCAUCUGGAUUACUGACAUGGAGAUUCCCAGAACUCACAUGGAGUAUGAGAACAGGCUCACUAUGAAAAUGUUUCUGUUCCAGUUUGUCAACUACUAUUCAUCCUGCUUCUAUGUGGCCUUCUUCAAAGGGAAGUUUGUUGGUUAUCCAGGUGCCUACACAUACAUGUUUAAUCGCUGGCGAAAUGAAGAGUGUGAUCCUGCAGGCUGUUUGAUAGAACUCACGACCCAGCUCACCAUAGUCAUGGCUGGCAAACAGAUCUGGGGGAAUAUCCAAGAGGCCAUUGUACCCUGGAUUUGUAACUGGUGGGGACGCCGGAAAGCCAGAAACAAUCCAGAGAAUUUAUACAGUCGCUGGGAGCAAGACCAUGAUCUGCAGACAUUUGGAGCCUUAGGCCUGUUCUAUGAAUAUCUAGAAAUGGUCAUUCAGUUUGGAUUCAUUACUCUGUUUGUGGCAUCCUUUCCCCUGGCUCCCCUUCUUGCUCUGAUGAAUAACAUCCUGGAGAUUCGAGUAGACUCCUGGAAGUUAACCACUCAGUACAGGAGGCCUGUGGCUGCGAAAGCACACAGCAUAGGCGUUUGGCAGGAGAUCCUGAACGGCAUGGCCAUCCUGUCUGUUGUCACUAAUGCUUUUAUUGUUGCAUUCACCUCAGAUAUGAUCCCUCGUUUAGUUUACUACUAUGCUUAUUCUGAAAAUGAAGACUCACCUAUGUCUGGAUACAUAAACAAUAGUUUGUCAGUGUUUCAAAUCUCAGAUUUUCCUGACAGAAAUAAGCCUAAAGUGAAUACAGAAAACCUUGUCAUAUGCAGGUACAGGGACUAUCGAUACCCUCCGGAUCAUGAGAGAAAAUAUUUACACACUAUGCAGUUCUGGCACAUUCUUGCUGCAAAACUGGCCUUUAUAAUUAUUAUGGAGCAUGUUGUAUUCAUCGUCAAAUUCUUUGUGGCAUGGAUGAUUCCUGAUGUCCCUGCAGACGUGAAAGCCAAAAUAAAACGUGAAAAAUACUUAACACAGAAAAUCCUACAUGAGUAUGAACUUGAGAAACUGAAGGAGAGACUGUGCCAAGGCGACAAACGAGCCACGGAGAAGGAGUUCAUCGCCACAGAAGGGAGAAUGGAGUUGUCCAGGGCGAUGUAGCUGAAAAAACAACUGUUUGGGAUUUAGCUCAUUUUAGCUUUUUUUAUCUGUGAUUUGCUCAGUAUGCAUCAUCUUGAAAGCUAUAGGACAGUUUCAUCCUUUUGCUUUCAGUCCAAAGAUUUCAGACUUUAAAGCCUUACUGAGCAUUCUCAGUUGAGUAAAUCUACUUAACUGUAUGACUUCAGUACUGUUUUCUAUUUACUCUUCACUUUGAAUAAUAAGUGUACUCCUAGAAUUUGGAUUCCCAGUAUAGGGAAUGUUACCCACAAAGGGCUCACAGGAUAUGAUAAGAUCAUGAUAAGCUCAUUAAAACCAAGCACUUCCCCUGAUGUUAAGUGCAAAGUUCCAGGCUGUAUCCCAGCUGAAUGAAAAGGGUAUCAUGGAGGACUCCUGCUGUAGAAAAUGCUGAGAAAUGGUAUGUUUUAUGACAAGAUCAUUUAAAUGGGAGAACACUCCUCAUACAAGGGGUAGGGUUUGGGGCUUUUUUUGUAUCUGCUAUGUCUUAUGAAAGAUUUGUUUUCAACUAUGAACUUCUAUACACUUUUUAGAAUGAAUUGAUUUUUAACGAGACAUUGGCUUAAUUCCACUUGGAAUUAUUUCUAGGCACAGAAUUCAGUUAAUACAAACCAAUGAAGAGAAAAGAAUCCCCUAGAAUUUAUUUUCCUAAAGGUAAUCUGCCAAAGAGCUUUCUCUUUAAAUGCAAAUAUUAUGGAAUCAUCCAAUUACAGUGUUAUUUGAAAAGGUGUGUACAGUUUGGAGAAGUACAAGCUGAUUUAUUGCUCAGUCUCCAAAACUGCCGUUGGAAGAUGAUGCUUGACGUUAGUUUUGGCCAGAGCUGCUCCUCUCUUUGGGUCCUUUGUUUGGUUUCUCUGUGAAUGCCAAGCAAAGGCUGACACCAUGUGUCUGUGCUUGAUGCCGUGGAGCAGGGCUGCACAGAGUGAUCUCGUGGGAUCACUCUGGUUUGUACCUGGGUUUGUGUUCACAAGGCUCUUAAGCAUGCCAAAUAAUUGAUGUUUACGUUGUUAUUGUCUGUAUACAUGGGAGCUUGGGCAUUGGGUUUGCUUUGGUUUGGGGCUUUGUUUUUAAUCUUUAAAAAGGAAGGAUUUUUUCUGUUUUUUUCAGGGGGCUUUUCUACAAAGUUAUGGAUUUAUAAAUGCACAAUAACUACUUGUGGAUGAAUGUGCCCUCCUUUUAUAUUUUGAAGCAGUUAGGCAUCUUUAUGAUUUUGCUGUAUAUUUAAAACAUAUCAACACUUCCAUGCUCAGUGCCUUGUUCAUUUGCAUUUGGCAAAAGAUGUGAAAAUGCUGGCUGUGGGGAAAUGAGUCUUUCCAAAGUGUGCUUGCAGGCAUCAGGAUACUGUGAACCUGCACAUGGAGCUGACCAGUGUUAGCCAAACCAUGCCUGCCUCGGCACACUUCUGUUCUAGUGCUGUGCAAGCUGCUCACUGAGAGCAGUUCCUACCGAGACUGCUGGGAUAAAGCAGCACCUGACUUGAGUUCUCUGUGUUGAUGUACCCUAGCUAGAGAGAGGAGGAAUUUCACUAUAUUUGCACUUUGAAAGUGAUACUGCCUUGCAAGUAUACACACAAAAACUAGAGUUGUGUUCCAUAUCAGCCAAAUGAUGUACUGUUUACUAGAUCCACUACUUAAGGUUUCCAUGUUUUGCUUUAGCAGACUUAGCCUAUGUCUGGAAUCCCUGGCUAGUAACCUUAAUGUUGUAACAGAGUUUUAAAUUGGUGUCUUGAGUCAUUAUUAGCAAAAGUUUUACCAUUGAAGUGCCUACCUCGAGCAAACAUCACAUGGUUUGGCUGCCCGUCAAGGAGUUGAAGCAGAUGUACAUUUCUCGUUACUGUAAGUUAUUCAGCUUCGUUCUGUAAGCUUGCUUGGUAAAUCAAGCAUGGUGGCAAUUCAUAAUGAACUGUGUUCUUGAAUGUUCAGCUAUGUUUGAAUAGUGGAUUUAUUGGAGGACUGCAUGUAUAAGUUAGCUCUGCUGCUUAAUGUGGAAGCCAAAGAAGAGUAUCAGUAUCACCCCCCAUAGCGAUGUAUGUGACACCGCAAUUUACACGCUGCAAGCACUUUGCUGCUUCUGACACACAGACUGUUAACUAAGCUGCUUAAUUUAGAUUUCUUGGGUUUGUUACUGUUAACAGUGCAAACAGUUGCUUCAAAUGGUAAGGUGAUGAGAUGCAGGAUAAGAUCUCUAUGCAAAACGUACAAUCUGAUUGAAGCUGAGAACAGAUUGGCAAAUCCAGCGUUAGAUGCACUAUUCCGGCUUCUGGAACUAAUAUUAGUUUCUUCAGGUCCUGUAAUAAAAGUGUCCUAAUACAAAACACUUGAAGAGAUGUCAGCAAAAUAGAUGGAUUGUGAAGGAAUAUAUCAUGCUAGUUGAAAGCAAGAUGGAGGGAAACAAGGGAAGAACAUUCAUUUGGGAUACAGCGUCAAAAUGCAGGAGCCCUGCAUGCAGACCCUGAAUUUGCAUUGGUGUUUUGACCCCUACAUCUUGCUGCUUUCUUUUUGUGAGAACACUUGCUAUUUAAUCAUAUACAAAGAGAUGUUUUGCAUAUAUCGUAUCAUACAAUAGAAAGUGGGAAAAAAUCUGGGAUCAGCUUGUUUAAAAAGAAAUACAUAUGUGUCUUUAAAAAGAUAUCAUUGCACUUCAUAGCAUUAAUUCUUCAUGUAUAGAAACUGUUGAAAAGAGAAUGCUUUGUCAUAUUAAGAGCUGCUAUAUCAAAAUAAGUCUAACACCUCUUUGCAUAAUAGUUUGCCUUGUCAUCAAGCAGUAUUUUGACAGAAGAUUAUUAGUAUGGUUAGGGCUGUAAUGAUUCACAUGCAUAAACACACACAUUUCCUGAAGUGUGCUCUUGAAAAGUGACAAAAAGAUGAGAAACGGACUGGUCAAUUUGGGAACCUGACGAUUCUUACUGUUGGAAUCUUUGAUUUUUGAUAUGUUUAAGAAUCUAAAAGUGUCCUUUAACCAAAGUGAAGGUAGUUCUGUGUUGGAACUACUGUCAUCUAAGCAACAUUAGAUUGCUUCAUUAGAAUCAGCUAGAGAAGGGACAUUGGCCUUUCAAGUGUAAUACAAUCAGGGAUAUAUUUUUUCCCCAAUGACAAUGUAGUAUUUUUACCUUGGCAAGGUUUGGUGUGGUAUGUUCUGAGCAAGUGACUGCAAAGUGAGAUUGCUACUGUCAGACACUAUACUGUUUUUUCUAAAAGAUUUUGUUACUAUGCUUUUAUUCUUUUCUGUGAUACUAUGAGUUGGAAACAAGACAAUGGAGUGAAAAUAAAGGGACUUUCCUACUGUCAUGUGUUGUGCCAUGUAAGCUGGGCAGCAUUUUUGUCUGCUAUGUACAUUGCUGAUCUACGACACACUAAUGUUGGAAUCAAUUUUGUAAACGUUGCAUUCAGCUAACUUAUGUAUGUACAUUGAAUGAGAUCUAAGUCUGGCAAAUAAAGCACUGUUUAUUUUUAA